AUGUCAGAAAAAACUGAAGAUAGUGACAACGAGCUCUUCGAGGUUCUAUCGAGUUACGGAGACCUCAAUAUUGAAGAAACGGAUCACAAUUCUACUACUGAGGAAGAUCUUUCGGAAACAAGUGCGGAUCGCAGCUUUGUGGCAUCAGAGAGUGAUUAUGUGACAUACUCAGAGGAAGAGUUGCUAGGAUCCAGUCUCCCCUGCAUCCACCACGCCAUGGAUGGUCACAAUUCCUCAGGAGCUGUCAGUAAAAAGAUCCCGAUUAGCACUGUUGCUUCUCGUUUAGUCUGCGAAAACGGGAUUUCCGUGAUACAAUAUUUGGUCUUGUGGCAAUCGUGGGAACGAGAGAUACCGCAUGAGUAUGAUGUCAGCGAGGAUUUCUCUUCCCAAUCCAAUUUCUCUGUUCAAUCUGGCUCAGAGCAACCACUGUAA